AAGCAUCCUAGAGGUCCUAGAGGUCCUAGAAAGCUUCAGGAUGCCAUGCCCUCUGUCUCUGCCAACAACGUAGCUACUUCUUCUAUGUGGUUUGCCAACAACGUCUCCCUUUGAGGUGACUUGCAGCGAUUUCCAUGACUUAUGCGACAAAAUUGGCGGUGGCCUUGUGGGAGGAGGUUGGCAUCGAGGUGGUGCUUCUCACCUGUUUUUGCCUUGGCUUUUCCAUCCUCCGAAGCCAACGAAAGCCAAUAGGAUGCAAAAAGAUUAGUGUGUCUGAAAAUGCAAAGCGGCAGGGCUCGAGGCCUUUGUCGCCAGAGAAUCGACUCCAUCGAGCGGAGGAACUUCUGAACGACGGGAAAGGGGGUGAGGCCUUGUCGGCUUUGACUGGCUCAUCUUCCUCCCCUCUGCCGGGUUCCAUACUAGUAGCGCUCUUCGAAGCCCUACGGCAACGGGGUAAUACGCAGCACCUAUUGCGUCUUCCACAAGGUGCCAUCACCGCAUGGAAUGGUUUGGCGCUUGCUCAGCAUGCAACUUCAAGAAAUUACGGGGCAGUGCGCGAGGUACAUCAUGUCGCCCAAGCCACUGUCAUGACGACUGCGAUUGGCGAGGCACUGCUCAAAGCCUAUGCCAGCUGCGGGGAAGCAACAGCUCCUGAGGUAUUGGAGUCCUUGCUGGAAUUGAAGCCAUCUGAAGCUGCUCUCCUGAUGGCACUUGGGCUUUGUGCCCAGUCGCAAUCCGUGCGCAUGGCUGAGCGGCUGGCCAUCUAUGCAAAGCAAAAGAAGGGGGUGACUUUGCCAGUCUCUGCCUCGCUCCUGAAAGUCUACAGCCAAGCCAAGCUUUGGGACAAAGCGUGCAGCGUCCACCAGGAGCUCAAAAAUGCAGGUGUCAUUCCUGACACUGCAACCUAUGGAGCUCUUAUCAAGGCGGCAGUCGAAGCGGGACGACAUCAAUUGGCACAGGAUCUAUUUCAGGAAUCCAAGAAUCCUGAUGCGAUGAAUGUCAUGUCCAUGAUCCGUGCAGCUGGCCGUGCUGGGGACGUGCCGAAAGCCUUGGAGUUGCUCCGCCAGCUGGAGCUCAGUGAGAGGCAGAUCGAUACUACGACCUACAAUUGUGCACUUGAGGCCUGUGUGGCCGGCGGCGACCGCCGCAGUGCAGACACGUUGCUGCAGCAAAUGGUCAAGGUGGGGCAUGUGGAUGUGGUCUCGUACAAUACGUACAUAAAACUACUUCUGCAAGGACACCUGCACAAAGAGGUUCACAAAACCUUGCAGGACAUGUGCAAGCAGGGAAUCCCACCCAAUGUGGUGACCUACAACUCCAUCAUCAAGGAAGCAGCAGCAAGAGACAUCACCUCUGCCUGGGAUAUUGCCGAGGAGAUGCAGCGUGAAGGCAUUCAGCCAGAUGCAUAUACUGCUUCUAUUCUUGGUGCUGGCCUACGACGCCAGCCCAGCAAAGCAGGUUUGGACAGGGUACUUGCGCUCACGAGCCAGCUUCAGCCCGAUGAAGUCCUGGUGAAUUGUUUGUUGGACAUUUGCAUCCGACUCAAGGAUCGCCAGCGAUUACGACAAGUGCUACUGUGGCGUGCCGAUCUUUCGGCGCCUUCGGCCCAUGCAUUCGUGAUGCUGAUCCGCGCUUUUGGUCAUGCUCAACAAAUGGAUGAAGCUUGGAAGAUUUGGCGGCAGCUGCUGGCUGAUGAGAAAGUGUUGACGGAGGACAUCUUCAUGAGCAUGGUGGAUGCCUGCUUGGCGAGCUCGGACAUGAGGUCCUUGCUGGAAGUGUUCCAGGAGGUGAGGUCCUGGCUGCCCGGCUUCCCCCGCGCCACUGUGGCGUUCUCCUUGGCUGUGAAGAUGGCGAUGCAGUUGCAACAACUGGACCUUGCAUUAGAGCUCUACGAAGAGACAACAGAGACUAUUAUCCUGAGUGUGGUGACGUACAAUACCUUGAUUGACGUGCCCUUGUCUUUGAAUGAUGGGGUGUUGAUGGCGGUGAUUUGUGGGAAGCAUCUCAAAGAGAGUUCUUUGACUGAAAAGAGGGCGCUGGUGCAAAGCGGUGCUCUCAAGCGAGCCAUGGAGCUGUUCCACGACAUGACGCGUCGCAACGUCGGACCAGAUCUGAUUACCUUCUCCAUCCUUGUCAAAGGUUUCGCAAGUGCAGGUGACCUUGAAACUGCCCUCAUGCUUCUUGGUCAGAUGCGCUGCCUUCAGAUUCAGCCAGACUCCAUUCUUUUCAACACGAUCUUGAACGGAUGUGCAAAGCGCCAGAUGCGGGCUCUCACUGAGCAGGUGCUGGCCGAGAUGGAGAAUGCUGGUGUUGCGCCUUCCAAUUUCACAUUGUCAAUUUUGAUCAAACUCUAUGGCCGGUGUGGCGAUCUGAAAGCAGCGUUUGGCGUUGUGGAAGAGUAUCCCAAGCGCUUCAAGUUUCGCUUGAAUGCGCAAGUUUACACCUGCCUAAUGUCUACAUGUAUAUGGAGCGGUGAUCUCCCAAUGGCCUUCGAUGUGUACCAGACCAUGCUACAAGAUGGUUGCCUCGCGGAUGGGAAAACUUUUGAUACGUUACUCAUGGGCUGCUUGAAGCACCAGGAUGCCCGCAGGGCUUUGCAAGUGGUAAGAGAGGCUGCCGAAUUCGGCGUUUCGGUGAAUCCAGAGAUGUUGGAAUCAGCCGUGCUCAUGGUGCGCGAGUAUGGUCCGGAGCUUGGCCAAAGUUGCCAUCCACGGUCGAAGAAGUGAAGGAGCAAGGACCGCGCGUCCUAAAUUGCUGAGCAGCUUGCUGGAAGCGCUGGUUGGC